UUUUUACCCUCACUGUGGGCUGUUGGUUCUGUUGGCUCUUUCGCUCCAUCAUCCGUCAUGUCUUCUUCAGCGCCUCCAAGCUCCGCCGCCGGCGUCCAAAACCCUAGCCAGGCGAAAUCGCUAGGGAUUGUAGCAAACGCCAUGAGGCGAAAGGACAGUUUCAUCCAGUUCUUCGCCAUGACUGGAAUCCUCCUCCUCAGCGUCCGAUCUUUGGGACAGAAGUACCGUCUCAACGACCUUCGCGAGGACACCUCCGCCCUCAAGGAAGAACAGGGUCAGCUUACCCAUCGCAUGAAUACCAUCAAGCGCAGCCUCCUCGCCGAAGCAGCUACGGAUCCCACCGGUCUCUUCGCUUCUCGACUUCGCCUUCUCUUUGGCGAUGAAGAAUGAACGAAUUUUGCAGGUUUCUAGAUGUUCACACUCUGCAGAGUUCUUGUCAAAUUUCUGCUGUUUCCUGUUUAUUUGAGGGGACUGCCAUUCUGUAUUACGGUGCUGGUGUUUCCUACCUAUCUUUUCUUUUUAGGGUUUUUUGGUGUUCAAUGUGAGUUUCAUGGAUGACCCAUAAAACUUUAAAAAGUAAGAGACAUGAGCACAAGACUUUCAGUAUGUUCACUAUCGAUACAAUAUGACUUCAAAGUUAUAUUUGGUUUGCGGAAUAGAGUGGGAUAGAAAGUAAUGAAAUGAUAAUUUGAUGAA